AUGGCCAGUCAACCUCCCCCGUAUUCCGCCAACCCUCCUCCCGGUUCGUCAAGGCAGGCAUACAACGGUCCUCGACGCAAAUUGCUGAUUGCCCUGGAUGUCGGGACUACGUUUUCCGGCAUCUCUUAUAGUAUCUUGGAACCGGGGGAGAUCCCUCAAGUCCUUUGGGUGACCCGAUUCCCUGGACAAGAACACCAAGCCGGGACCUUCAAAAUCCCAACUGUCAUGUGGUAUGACCGCUCUGGGGUCAUGAAAGCCGCUGGGGCGGAGGCAGAGCUACCAGAUAUUGUAGAUGAAGCUCUCGACCAUGACUGGAUCAAGGCAGAGUGGUUCAAGAUGCACCUGCGACCUCGAUCUAUGCUGCCCGGUGGCGCCACAAAUGCUAUCAAACCCCUUCCUGCGCGAACAACCGUGGUUCAGGUGUUCGGCGAUUUCUUGAAAUACAUGCUCAGUUGCGCAAAGACCUUCAUCGAGGACUCGCACGGAAACGGGCGGACAAUUUGGUCUUCGUGCAAAAAUGACAUCCAGUUCGUCCUAACGCACCCGAACGGCUGGGAAGGCGCUCAGCAGAGCAAAAUGCGGGAAGCUGCGAUUCAUGGAGGUCUGAUUCCCGAUACGAUUGCUGGCAGAGAUCGCGUGUCCUUCGUUACAGAAGGGGAAGCGAGCCUGCAUUCCUGCCUUGCCAAUGGCUUGGCAGGCCGCCUCGAAUUAGGGGAUGGGAUCCUCAUUGCCGAUGCCGGAGGAGGGACGCUCGAUUUUAGCUCGUAUAAGAUAUCCGCGCUUCGUCCCCUGAAGAUACAAGAGCUAGUACCGGCAAGUUGUUCUCUGCAGGGCUCGAUCUUUGUAAGCGCUCGUGCGAAGGAGUUCUUUCGAGCCAAACUUGCCAAUUCGCGCUAUGGUACCCCGGACUCCAUCGAUUACAUCACGCGCAAAUUCGAUGAGACUACGAAGAGACUAUUUCGGGACCCGUCCACGUCCCAAGUAGUAGCAUUCGGGUCCCCAGUGGACCGUGAUCCCAAUUUUGGGAUUCGUAACGGACAAUUGCGAUUGACAGGAAAUGAUGUCCUCGACUUCUUCGAGCCCUCCGUGCAGGCUGCAAAGACGACAAUAUCGCAACACGUCGCAGACUCGCGUGGGGUCAUCAAGUCCGUGUUCCUUGUUGGUGGGUUUGCAGCGUCGCCGUGGCUUCUGAGAUCCCUGCAAGAUCAUUUUGCGGGUGAGAAUAUCACGAUCAGUCGGCCAGACGGUCACACCUCGAAAGCGGUUGCGGAAGGAGCAGUGAUUUAUUAUCUCGAUCACCUUGUCACAUCGAGAGUGGCCCGUUUCACUUAUGGCACCUCUGUCUUCAGAGAGUAUGACCCCGAUCUCCCUGAGCAUCUCCGACGCUCGCACUUGGUAGAGACUCAUUCACGCACGGGACGGUCAAUCCUGGACGAUGGGUUCUCCGCGAUUCUUCGCAAGAACACUGCGGUCACCGAAACGAAGGAGUUUAGUGGCAGCUUCGUAUACCAUUGGGGGGUUAACGAUAGCAUGUCCCACCACAAAGCGAAGAUCAUGGUUUAUAGAGGACGAUUAGCAGAUCCUCAAUGGUUAGACGAGGAUCGAGGUGGCUUUUCAACUUUGUGCUCAAUCAAAGCGGACAUGUCAGGCCUGAGGGACUACCUAAGCACGCGCGAAGGCAAGAAUGGCCGGGAGUAUAUAUCUGGAGCGUACGAAAUCGUGUUUCAAUUCGGAGCCGAGAUGAAGGCACAGAUGUCGUGGAUGGAGAACGGCAUAGAGAAAAGGAGUCCCGCACAGAUAAUCUACGAGGACUGAACCUUGCUCACUUCUGCCUGGAUACAUAUGUGUGCCGUCAACGGGCAUUGUUGUUCUCUUGGCGCCCCCACACUUUCCAAGUCUUGAGUUUCACGAACGAUCGUUCAUCCGCCAAUUUGCGUGUUCACACCAAACGCAUUCAUUCCACGCGCCCCUUGUACCCACCACUGGACAAUGUAAAGAGCUUCCGAGUGCGUUUCUAAGCGCAGCGCCUACGUCCAGCAUUGGCGCAUUGUCUCUUCCCGAAGUUUCCCGCGUACCUGGUUCAGCUCGUGCCGAGAACAGCUCGUGCCGAAAGCGUUGUUCGAAUGCACGUCUUCCUAUAUCCGCCCUCCUUGCAUAGCUAAUGCAUGGUCUGCUUCGAGCUCGGAUCGAUAUAAUACC